CCAGCACUGGCUGAACAUGAGAGGAGAGAGAUGGGGGCAUGGAGAAAGAAUCUUCAGGGUCUCCACAGCUGGGGAGGGGGCACCGCUGAGGUGUCACUUCACACCUCCCGGUCCUGGAUAAAAACAGGCCUGUUUGAGUGGCUCUCACAGCUUGUUGCAUUUCUCAGACGGACACAGAGAGACAGCAUGGACUCCCCUUCCCAGAUCGGCUACAGCACCCAGGACCAGUGGUUCUGGCCCAGCUCAGACUCUGAGUUCUACAGCACCACCUCCCCAGAAGCUGUAUCCCCAGACUGCUGCCUGGAGGUCAGUUUCACCGGCUCUCCCACGGGUUAUCAGCUUGCCUGCUCACCAGAGCCCACGACACCCAAGUUCCCGGCCCCGAGCAGGCUGAGCGGCCCCGCCAGGAGGAAGGCGGGCAGAACCCGAUGUCGGAACCCCAGCAAGCAGCGGCAGAGUGCCAGUGAGAAGGAGAAGCUGAGGAUGAGGGACCUGACCAAGGCGCUGCACCACCUCCGGACCUACCUGCCCCCCUCUGAGGCCCCCGCCGGACAGACCCUGACCAAAAUCGAGACCCUGCGUCUCGCCAUCCGCUAUAUCAACCACCUGUCGGCCCAGCUGGGUCACACGGAAGAGAACCUCCACUCGCGUCAGAAGGAUCUCGCAGCCCUGGAGUGCCGACAUGCACCAGACCUCAUGAUGUUGUGCCAGUCCAGCUCGUUGGGGGGACACUGGGGGCACAGUGAGGAGGAUCAUGUGGGGCAGUAUCACAGCCCGGUCCUGGCCUCCCCAGCCGCAGAAAUGGAGCCUGAUCAGCUGAGCGGGAGCCUGGAACUGACUGUACAGGAAGACAUCUUUAACUCCAGCCUGGAGUCGCUGUUGGAGUCGCCAGAGUACCGACACUCCACACAGGACUAUCAGAUUUACAACAGAGACUUUGGCUGCCAAAGAUUUCAUCAAGAGCUCUGGAUAUGA